AUGCCUGGUGGUCUCCUAUUGUCGGUCAGAGGACCAAGUUCUGUUGUUGAGGCGGAGGGAGCCUCCACGGCCAUCAGAUCCUUUUGCCUGCUUGUGGAGGAUAUGGACGGGCCGCUGAUAUCUGAAUCUGUCUAUCUGUCCAUGCCUUACUACUUUGACAGUGUUAAUGUGACUUUGUACAAAAAUUUGCCAAUAUCUUUCUUCACCAGUCUCACGAGGAAAGGGAAUAUGGCUGAGAAACUGAUGAAGAUCCCUGGCUAUGAUGCUACCACUAGCAUGGUAAUGCCUCGCUCUUGGGGCCAGCAGAGUGGACAAGGUAGAGAAGAGGCGAACAUGCCCCUCCACUCAGAAGACAUCUGCCCUGAAAUGAAAGAUGAUACACAUGACCCAACCUACCAGGAUGAGGAGGGCCCCCCGCCCAAGCUGGAGUACGUCUGGAGAAACAUCAUCCUCAUGGCUCUGCUGCACCUGGGAGCCCUGUAUGGAAUCACACUGCUUCCAAUCUGCAAGCUCUAUACCUUGCUCUGGGGAAUUGGCUGCUUUUUAAUCGGCACGUUAGGCGUCACAGCCGGGGCUCAUCGCCUGUGGAGCCAUCGAUCAUACAGAGCACGGCUGCCCCUGAGAAUCUUCCUCAUUAUUGCCAACACCAUGGCUUUCCAGAAUGAUGUGUACGAGUGGGCCCGAGAUCACCGCGUCCACCACAAGUUCGCAGACACCCACGCGGAUCCUCACAAUUCCCGUCGGGGCUUUUUCUUCUCCCACGUGGGUUGGCUGCUUAUGCGCAAACACCCAGCCGUCAAAGAGAAGGGAAGUUUGGUGAACUUGUCUGACCUAAAAGCUGAGAGGUUGGUGAUGUUCCAGCGGAGGUACUACAAGCCUGGUGUCCUGCUGAUAUGCUUCAUCCUGCCCACACUGGUACCCUGCUAUUUCUGGGGUGAAACUUUACUACACAGCUUAUUCGUUGCCACAUUCCUCCGAUAUGCUGCAGCACUCAAUGCCAUGUGGCUGGUGAACAGUGCUGCCCACCUCUAUGGAUAUCGCCCUUACGACAAGAAUAUCAAUCCCCGAGAGCAGGUCCUGGUUUCAUUGGCCAAUUUGGGGGAGGGCUUCCACAACUACCACCACGCCUUCCCCCAGGACUACUCCGCCAGUGAGUACCGCUGGCACAUCAACUUCACCACCUUCUUCAUCGACUGCAUGGCGGCCAUCGGUCUGGCUUACGACCGGAAGAAGGUAUCCUCGGCCUCCGUCUUGGCCAGGAUUAAAAGAACUGGAGAUGGAAGCUACAAGAGUGGAUGA